UCCGUCCGUCCGUGUGUGUGUGGACGUCGGCUAAACAACAAGCUCUUAAACUGUUCGCUUUGACGCACACACCGCCGCACGUUUCACAAACUCUCUCAGUUCAGUUUGUUUAAUUUAUAUUUAUGAAAUUUCGCGAACCCGGUUAUGUUCAAACAACCCCCUCCAUUACUGAGAAAACCAAUAUAAAACCAGUUUAUUGUGUGGGCGGCGACACACAAGACACAACGGACGGCCCCAGAGGACCGGGGGGUGCUUCUCGUGUCUCGGGAGGAAGGGACGAAUCUCGCUCCCUGCAAUCGUCAAAGAGACGUUGGGUUCCUCCUUCAAGUUAUAGACGCGAUGCUGCACAACAGACCCCUGAAACCAGAAAUGAUCAGAUCUUCCGCAAGGUGCGAGGAAUCCUCAACAAGCUCACACCAGAGAAGUUUCAGAAGCUGAGUGAUGACUUGCUGCAGACGGAACUCAAUUCAAGUGUUAUUCUCAAAGGUGUCAUCUUGUUGAUCUUUGAAAAGGCGCUAGAUGAGCCGAAGUACAGUUCUAUGUAUGCACAGCUGUGCAAGCGCCUGACAGAAGAAGCUCCCAACUUUGAUCCACCAUCUAGCCUUGGCACAUUCCGCCACUUGUUGCUAAACAAGUGCAAAACUGAGUUUGAGAACCGCUCGCAUGCUACCGACGCCUACCCCGAUGAUGCGAUCCUCACCCCUGAAGAAGAAGAGCGAAAACAGAAUGCCAAGCGCAAGAUGCUCGGCAACAUUAAGUUUAUCGGAGAACUUGGAAAACUGGAGAUCCUGGCGGAAGGCAUCCUGCACAGGUGUGUCCAGCAGCUGUUGGGCACAACACAUCGCAACAAGCCAAUGGCCGAGGACUUGGAGUGCCUCUGUCAGAUAAUGAGGACCUGCGGACGCAUCCUGGAUACGGACAAAGGCUCUAAACUGAUGGAGCAAUACUUCAACCGCAUGCAGAUCCUUGCGAAGAACGAGGAGUUGCCUUCUCGCAUCCGCUUCAUGCUGCGAGAUGUCAUUGAGCUGCGGCGAGACAAGUGGGUUCCCCGCAAAGCCACCAACUAUGAGGGACCCAUGCCCAUGAAUCAGCUCUGUGAAGAAGAGAAUGAGCAACGCAACAAUUUCUCGAGGAACUCAGACCGGCGGCCGAACAUGAACAAUGAGUUUUACAGAUACUCCCUCAAAACCCGAGGCGGGUUGGACGAGAUGCUCGGAGGUCCUCUAGGGUCUCUGCAUUCCAGCCCUCUGCAUCCUCAAUCGGAUAAGUUCAACUCUUACAAUGGUUAUCAGUCAGGAUAUCGUCAGAACUCUCGGCAGAAUCAUCAUCAACAGAACCAGCAACAGUUCUACCAGCAAAACAACCACCGCUACAACAACCAGCAUAACAACAAUUCUAACAAUAAUUCUGGAGCUAAGGAACUAGCGCCUCGCUUCAAGAAGAUGAUGAACCAUCAGCAGGCCUCCACCAACCUGGACGAGAUAUCUCUGAGGCCGCCCAGCAACUCUAUGGUGUUUAAACCUCUCAACACUAAACCUCAGAUCAACACCAUUCCACCAGUUAACAAUCACAUGCCGACUCCUCACCCUGUGAAGGAGAACGUGGUGGUCAUCAAACCUGCCCCUGUGGAUAAAAACAAGAGCAACAAGAAAGAAAAGGGUCCCAGCAAGGAGGAGGUUCUGCGCAAGGUCGGGACACUCACUGAGGAGCUGUUGAAGGAGCGCAGCGUGGAGUCUGCUGUGUCCGGGUGGAAGGAGCAACGAGUGCCAGAGAGACUCGUGUCGGAGGCAGUUGUGUGUGUCUUGACUACAACACUGGACAAGACAGAGGCUGACAGAGAGCUGGCCGUCAGCUUUGUGGCGGCUUUGCGCAAGGAGGGAGUCGCCACCUGUACACAGGUCGUGGACAGUUUGCGUAACAUUGUCAACUCCAUACCAGAGAGGGAGGCCGCAGUGCCCAAGAUACACAGUGUUGUGGCCGGGUUGGCAGCCCUGGCUGUGGCCGAGUCCCUGGUCGCACUGGCUGAGGUGGCAGACAUGGCCGACGGAGGAAACCACUACCCUCUGUUCAUGCUUACUCUGCAGAACUUGCAUCGUUCACUUGGCAAACAGCCGAUCACCCAGCUCUUCAAUGAAAGCAAGGUGAACCUACUGCAGACACUCCCCGAGGGUGAUCGGACCAAGGAGCGUCUGUCGGAGCUGCUGGACGACCGCGGCCUCGGCUUCCUGUGUCCACUGUUGCGCAUCCAGGCGGAGCUGUGGAAGCAGUUAGAGGCAGACCAGAACCCCUCGGCACUCUACAAGUGGAUCAAGGAGAACUUGGAGGUUGCUCACCACACAGACACAGGCUUCAUAUCUGCCCUGGUCACCGUCGUCGUCAAGUACAUUCAUCAGGAGGCCAGUGGAACAGACAAGGUGCAGGAGAAAGAGAAAGCACUCUUGGAGAAGUUCAAGCCAGUGUUGGAGCACUUCCUCAACAACCGCACUGAACUUCAGGUGGUGGCAGUCUACGCCCUGCAGACCUACUGCUUCUCACUGGACUUUCCUAAGGGUAUGCUGCUAAAGUGGUUUGUCUAUUUGUACGAUUUGGAAGUGAUUGAAGAAGAUGCUUUCCUGAAGUGGCGUGAAGACAUUACAGACGCUUAUCCAGGAAAAGGAAAGGCUCUCUUUCAGGUGAACUCUUGGCUGACAUGGCUGGAAACAGUCUCCUCAGAAGAGGAAGACGAAGAGGACGCUUGAAGAAUGAUUGCAUGGCAGUAUUAAUUAUAACAAAUAAAUGAUGGAGUAUGAAAACAAAUAGAACAACCACUCAUUUUUUAUAAAAAACUUAUGUAUUAAUUAUAGUCGUUAUAUCUUAAUUAUACAAAUAAUUUUAAUUUUUUCUAUUAUAUUGUUGUACCGAUUUAGUGUCUCCAAUUGUAGUUCUGUACACAGUAAUAAAUAAACCAUUUUAAUUGUGACUUUUAGGUUGCAACUUUUACUUCUGUGAUUUGUUAUAGAUGAUCUUUAACUGUCCUGAAACAUAUAUCUUUUUGUAAUUUUUUUAAGGUGAAAUUCUGAUUAGUGUGAGGUCGAGUGCAUUUAGUUGGUGUUGUCUUGUAUUAAUAUGAAAUCUGUUUCUAAAACUAUUGUUUUCUCCUCGUAAUUUAUUAUUCUUUGUAAACUAAACUAAGCUAACUAAGUUGAACUUCUGGUUAAAUGUAGACAAUUUCAAUUCCUAUGCAACGUGUGUUAAGUUUCUUAUUAAGUAUUUUGGAUGUAUGCUAGAAAAUAUAACGAAUUUAUUGAUAAAAUAAUAAAAAAUGCAAAAAAAUUGGAAAACUACAA